UUAGCCAAUAGCUAGCAACUACACAUAGUUAACCAUGAGAAACAUUGUUGCCCACAAAUCAUGCUUCCUCCUCCUCCUCCUCCUCCUCCUCCUCCUAUUCACAAGCCAAUUCUCGUUGGCCGCCAAGAAAACCCUCAACAGGGACCGACCAUGCAAGAGGUUUGUCCUCUACUACCACGACAUACUCUUCGGCGGCGACGAUGUGGCAAAUGCGACAUCUGCGGCGGUCGCUAACGAGACCGGGCUUGGCAACUUCAAGUUUGGUAAGCUGAUCGUGUUCGAUGACCCCAUGACGAAAGAUAACCAUCUUCUCUCCCCGGCGGUCGCUCGAGCUCAGGGCUUCUAUUUCUAUGACAUGAAGAGUGACUACAACUCAUGGUUCGCCUACACUUUGGUGUUCAAUUCAACGGAACAUAAGGGCACUUUGAACAUAAUGGGUGCAGAUAUAAUGGCGGCUCAAACAAGGGAUCUUUCCAUCGUGGGCGGAACUGGAGAUUUCUUCAUGGCAAGAGGAAUCGCAACCUUCGUGACCGAUACUUUUCAAGGAGCCAAGUAUUUUCGCCUCAAAAUGGACAUCAAACUGUAUGAGUGUUAUUAGACAAGCUUUGUACCUCGAGAGUUAAAUUCUUGCGAGGACUUUUAUUUGUCGUUGUCUAUUAGGAAUAAAAUUGCUAUCAGACAAUGUUCGAAUUCACAUUUAAGAACUUAUUGUAUGGAAGAUCCGUUUUUCAUGUUUCAAAUCAAAUAAAAUCUCCAUGCGCAAUCUCUA